AAAGCGCUGAGGAAUAAAAGCCGGCCCGGCUUUUGCUGCAGCGUUGGCUGGAGGCAGCCGAGGGCGAGCGGAGGCCGGGAGGCUGCGCCUGGCGCGCGCUCAGCGGGCGGCGCGGGGGCCGGGCGGUUUCGGCUGGAGCGGAGGCGAAGAGGGGCGGCCGGGGCAGCGCCGCGCCACUCGCCCGGGCAGCGGCAUGGCGCUCCGGGGAGCCUGCCUGCUCCUCUGCCUCGUCUCCCUCGCCCACGUCGCCGGGCAGCAGAACGGCAAAGUCAAGCAGAAGCCGGCCGCUUCCAAGAAAGAUGGCGUGAGCGUCAAAAUGAUCGAAGACCUGAAGGCCAUGAUCGACAACAUCUCCCAGGAGGUUGCGUUACUGAAGGAGAAGCAAGCACUUCAGACAGUUUGUCUGAAAGGCACCAAAAUCCAUCUAAAAUGCUUUCUUGCAUUUACUGAGACCAAGACCUACCACGAGGCCAGUGAAAACUGCAUCUCUCAGGGCGGCACCCUCAGCACCCCCCAAAACGGGGAGGAAAACGAUGCGCUCUACGACUACAUGCGGAAAAGCAUCGGCUCAGAGUCAGAGAUCUGGCUCGGCCUCAACGACCUGGCGGCCGAGGGCAAGUGGGUCGACAUGACGGGCACCGGCAUCCGCUACAAGAACUGGGAGACUGAAAUCACCACCCAGCCGGAUGGUGGCAAGUCGGAAAACUGCGCGGCCUUGUCGGGGGCCGCGGUUGGCAAGUGGUUUGACAAGAGGUGCAAAGACCAGCUGCCCUACGUCUGCCAGUUCAUGAUCGUGUAAUACCAGGGCUCCUCCUGCCAACCAGGUUAUGCCAUUUGGCAACAGGAUUAUAAAGCUAUAGGUAUGUGUAUGUGUACAUAUACACACACGCGCGCGCACACACACACACACACACAUUCAAAUAGAGUCACUCCUUGCAAAGAAAGUUGUUGUGGCUUGGUAACAGAUUAGAGAGAGUUAGACCUGAGCUGCAUUGCAUGCGGCUACAUCCAGCUCUGUUAGCAGCUGCACUGUUCUUACUAAGGCAUGGUUUAUAGAUAUAUUUUUUUUACACAGGAAAUUUAUUAGGAUGGCUUGAUUGUUUCAGCAAAGAACCAGUGCAACGUUCCAGCCUUGCAAACCAGCCCGUUCGGCUGUCUGGGGCAGCCGCUCUCCAAUUUCCCUCCCGUUCUUGCUGAAUUUUGUUGGAAGACCAGCAAAACUAGUUUGUGCUUUCUUCUCCUGUUUUGCUUCCUCAUAAACCCUGACAGCGGUCCGUGGGAGCUGGGCACAAGGAGCGCAGAACUGUGCUUCAGCCACUCACAGCACCCAGAUCCACUCCCUGCCCCCUCCUGAUCAAGGUCCUGUCUCAAAGCGUAGGGAUAGUUACUUCUGCUUUAUGCUGAGAGAUAUAGUUGGGCUUAAUGGCUGAGCACCAUACAACUCAAUAGGUGGUCAGACUAGUCCAGCUACGUGUAUGAAUGAAUGAAUUAGCAAAUAAGAGUCACGAGCUGAUUUGCUGAGAAGAAGGGUGUCCUUUUCAGAAGCACUUGCCAUUUGUUGGUUCAUUUCUCAUCAGUCAGCAGCAAAUGUUCCACUGAUUUCAGUGAGAGAGCUACCCCCAGUGCCAGAUCUUUUGAAAAUCCCACCAGAAGUUUUAUCUAUGCUCCAGCAUCAGAGAAGAAGCUGUGAUUGUUUUACAGCUUAGUCAAAUAUAUUCUUGGAAAUAGAAGAUGAAAGUAUUAGGUAAAUAACAGAAAUUUAAGGCAAUUAUGGCAUAGGCUGUCAUACAAAAGACAGCUGUCUAUUGAAAACAAAUCCCAAGAAAACUGAUUUUAGACACUUUAGGAAUCAUAUGAUCUGUUUUAGUGAUAGAAACUCAGUUGAAAUGAGCCAGUCCUUGUUGGUCAAGGCCUAGUUCUCAGCUAAAAUAACUCUCUGAGUUCUGUUUGGUCUGAUAAAGUCAUGCCCCACUGAAGAUCUUGCCUCAGUAUGUAUUUGCUGAGAAAACGGUUAACGCAAAAAAAAUUAAUUGAGCAGCAACGAUGGGAAAAAAAAACAAGUUGCAGGCCACUCUGACAGCUUAAUGAGGCUUUGUUAACAUUGAUUUGCUUACUGUUGGCCAAAAAAUAUCCGUGGUUCUUGGAACAUCAGUGCUAGAUAAUAACCCACCCAGUGUAGGAGAUAUGUCCCUUGUGCUGUCAGGUGGAGGGUGUCAGGAUGUAACACGCGCUCUUGGGGAGCCCACAGGAAAAGUAUUUCAAUGUGCCGCUUGGUUUAAAAUCAGCGCGAUUACGUGUCUUCCAAAAUGCUGAGUAGGAGAGCCAAGUUGGAGGAAUCGACAUACACACACACAGUGCAUACUUCUGAGGCUGUCAUUAUUGCCAAACUCUCCGCUGUUCAAUGACUAUAAAAUAAAAAUAUAUAUAGCUUGCUGAAAGAAUAAAGUUGAGUCAAUGUCA